GAUGGGAGAGGAGGGUAAGAAAGUCCAUAAGAAAACUAGAAGAAUGGAGGAAGCCGAAGAAAUGAAGUCGAUAAUACGUGCAAUUUUAAUCUCAGCACCACAUGGUCAAACCUUUGCGGAGUUGCACAAAUCAUACGGAGAACUACUUCAUGUUCGUCCUAUUAUUCCGUUCAAGAAGAUAGGAUAUCGGUCGGAGGUAGAAUAUUUUGAAAAGAAUCCAGACGUUGGGAAGCUGGUAUUCUUGAAUGGUAUCUAUCUUGUUUACGGUCAAGCAACUAAGAAAGACGAACAAAUUGCCAAACUGGUCAGAGGUCAGAAAACUAAAAAAGUCGACCUAGAAAAGAGAGUUAAAACUGAAGAAAAGGCAGCAAGAUUUAGAACACGUGUUAAUACUGGCAUGGAAAUGAGAAAAAAUAUGAGACAUGAAAUUCGACAUAAGCCAACAACAUUUGAGAAGGAAACUACAGAAAUUGUUGAAAAUAUGAAAGGGAAGAUGGUAAAGCUAAUAUGCAAGGUAGAAGAUUCAGAAGAUUGUAAUGGACCGCAUAAAUGCUUCCUGAAGAAGUCAUUUGUUAUAGCUGUAAGAGACAUGUUAAUUGAAGUAGGACCUGAAGAUCUUCCUUUGAGAGAUUUUAGCGAAGCAUUCAGAUUAAAAUUUAAACGCGAUUUAAAAUUGAACACUCAUAGAUCAUCAAACGUCAGAGAACUCUGUGAGAAAAUGCCAGAGAUUCUACAUAUGUAUAGAAAGGAUGGAGAAAUUCUUUUAAAAGCGGUUUACGUAAGAAUUGCGGAUGACGAAGGAAGAGGAGUGUUAAGGAGAAGGUAUAUAGUAGAGGAACCUAUUAAAUCAGAUCCUUCAAGUAAAGUCAAAGUCUCUGUUGAUGAAAAACAGCUUCGUAACAAAGUAUUAGUAAAUACAUCUUUCGACGAUAGCCAAGAUUCUGAUCAAGAAGUUAAAGUAUCUAGUGAAACGUUUUUUUCAUCGAAAGCUAGCGAUAGCUUUUCUUCAUCGAAGCUCACUCACAAUUUUUCAUUGUCGAGCUUAGGACAAAGCCAGUUUUCACUAAAUUCUGCAGAAAGUCAUUCUUUGUUGAACGAAUCUCCUCCACGAACAAUAAGUGAAAGUUCAUUUGCAAAUGAAACAAUCCAAGUGAAUGAUCAAAUUCUACCAAUUGAAAUUCUUGAAAACAGAAUGGUUGAAAUUGUUCGUUCUAUGACCAAGGUCGAAUGUCUUACAGUUGAAGAGUUCUGUCAGGCCUAUAAACAAAGAUAUGAUUCAAGGAUUUACUUAGAAGACUACGGGUGUAACAGCUUUAGAGAUCUCUUUAAGCUAGCUGGAAAUAGCCUUGUAAUAAUGAUUGACUUGAAUGAUGGACGUGAAAAAAUUUGUUUGAAUACAAAAGAAUCAUAUGUUCAACCACAGAGGAAAUUAAAGAGGGUUUAUUGCCAUUUUGCACGAGAUUUACCUUCAGAUGUACCGCGCAUUGGUACCUGUUAUCGUUCCAUAAAAGCACCACUUCCUUCAAAAGCUGAAAGCAUUUAUGUUGAAGUGAGUAUGGUCCUCAAUCCGUCCCACUUUUGGCUGCAAAUAUGGGGAGAGAGAACGACAGUUGCUCUGAAAACAUUAAUGGAUGAACUGGAAGCUUUCUACACCAAUUCCAUCAAUAGAGAGCAAUAUAGAAUGAAGAAUGAAGAUAUCGUAACUGGAAGAUGUUGUGUUGCAUAUCAUGAGGGAGAUUGGCAGCGAGGUACCGUACUGGAUGUCAAAUCUACAAAAGUAGUCUCUAUUUACUUUGUUGAUUACGGAGAGAUUUCCUCUGUUGAGAUAAAAAAUGUAUGUCACAUAACAACUCGUUUUAUGCAAUUACAAGCUCAAGCCCUAAGGGCUUGCUUAUUUGGAGUAAAAGGAGUAGGAGGGUACUGGAGUAAAGAAGCCAAAGAAGUAUUUUUAAACUAUGUACAAACAAAAGUCGUUUUCUGUGGAGUACGAUAUGUUAAUGAUAAUAAUGUCAUAUACUGUGUGAUCGGCGAUGAUAAGCAUAUGCCAGUAACUGAUCUGCUGUUGGAGAAGAAACUGGCCGAAAUAACUCCAAGGAGAAUGUUUGAUAGCGGAAUUAGUGAAACUCACUUUGGUGCUGUUGAAGUCAUUGAAAGUCCAGAAGUUAACAGUUUAAAUGACGAAAAUGAAUAUAACAUUGAAAUUAGACACGUGAAUAUUGGAGGUUUUUUGGUUAAAAUUCUUCUAACAGCUAUUUUUGAUGCCGAAUUAACGUCUUACAUUUCUGAAAAAGAUUUAUCUAAAAUGAUAACUCAAGAGACAUCUAGGAAACUACGUAAAAAAUUUGAUAGUAGAACCUUGGUAAUGUCGGUUGAGAGACACUGCAGAAUAUUAGAAAAAAUUUCUAAAGAGACUGGAGACAGCAAAGAUGAAAACUUUUUUUAUAAAUUUGAAGAUCUUCCUAAAAUAAUGAUUUUUGUUAAUUGUAGCUCAUACCUUAUAAAGUGUGCACAACUAGCUUAUAAAGACUUACAUGAUAAACUUUACGAUGAUAUUGACCGAUACAUGAAUAUAAUUAAAAGUGAACAAGACAUUUUCGGCAAACGACUGAGAGAAGACGAUUGCAGUCCUCAAAAGAGACAAAAAUUAACUGAUGAAGUAAAAGAAAUGAAUGAAUGCUUAUAUGGCUUUGAAGAAAUUCUCUCCAGUGAACUUAGAAAGAAGAAAGCAAACGAAAGGUAUAUUAAUAUGCAGGAAACUCCUGCAGAAGAGCCUGGUCUGGAAAUCACUGAACUAGACUCUACUACUGAAACAAAUGAUCCUACCUCCAGUACGCAAGACUCGAAUCUUGCUGAUUUAUCAAUGAUGCCUCAACGUAAUGACCUUAGCAAAUAUGGAGGCUGUGUCAAUUCCCAACAAGCAGCAUACUUUAUGAACCAAUUUUCUCAAAUGGGCAUAUCCAAUAUGAAUCAAAUUCAACAUGAUAUGCUAAAAUGGAAUUUUGCAAUAGAUCCACGAAACUUUCCAUUCAGGCAACCAACAGUUCCUUUCCCUACUUCACCUUAUUCAAGAAUGGUUCAACCCAUGCGUUAUAUGCAUUAUUAA